AUGGCUCGGCAGCAUCGUCGACUUUGGAGUCCCGGACUUGACAGGUGCUCUACCCCCGUCAAGGUCAACAGCGCAAACGGCCAGCUGUUCGGGGGCGGGGGUAGCGGCGUCGUGGAAGGCAGCUUCAUCCUCGGCCGCCGAUCCUGGAGGGCGUCGAGGCGGGAGCACGCCGUGGGCGCCUCCAAGUGGAAUAACUUCGAUGCGUACGAGUGGAGGCCUGGGCUGAGCCUUGGGCCGCCAUGCGGCAUCCACGGGGUUUUGGAGGUGCGCGCCUUCGUGAAGUCGGUCCGCCAGCUGCGCAAGUGCAAGACGGCAGCCUCGUUCCGCCUUCAUGCACCCUGGGGUCCGAUAGGAGAGGAAGAUGGCGAGUAUUCAAGGGUUUACGCCGAGGCCAAGCUCGAUUCUGACGCCGACGCCGUCGCGGCUGCUAGGAGCGGCGUCGCAGUCGUUUAUAUGCACCUCGACUGCGGGAAUCGGGAUAGCAUCGGCUUUCAGCAUCGAGCAUCUUUUUCAUGA